CAGUACCCUAUCAGAGGAGAGUCAAGAGGUCCUGCUGAGCCCAGAGGUCACGUACGGUCCGCCGGGCCUCGACCUCUCCUGCCCCGUCGCCAUGACAAUAGCCCACUGCGCUGAGGUCACCGCCGACAACUGGAACAUCCGGCUCAAGAGGCAGACGCAGGAUAACAAGUGGGAGGUGAGGUUAUCCUGAAAACAUUUCAGAACAUUUAGAGGAACAAUAAAACAUUUCUCUGCACUUCACUGGGAAAAAGACUAUGUGUAACUUUUCCUUUUAUAAUAUCUUUGAGAUUAUUUAACCGGAGUUGAAGUAAACACCUUAAAAUGCGUUCCAGAUGAUACUAUCGCUGGCUGCUAUAUUCAAAACAUGCCUGGGAUUAUGUGCCGUCUAUUUAAAAUGUUACGGUUAUUUUCCACAACUUUGCUUGCUGCGUGGGCUGUUAAUGUGCAAGGAAAAUGCCACCCAAUAUGCCCACAUCCAAUGAAACAUUUCCAAACACUAGACUGAGACAACAGUUGAUUUUGAUUUCUUUGUUCCAUGCACUUGAUUUCUUUGUUCCAAAGGUGCUAUGUAGAACCUUAAAAGGUUAUUUGGCUGUCCCCAUAGGAGAACCCUUUGAAGAACCCUUUUUGGUUCCAGGUAGAACCAUUUUGAUUCCAGAUAGAACUCUUUUUGAACCAAAAAGGAACCAAAAAGGGUUCUACCUGGAAUCAAAAAGGCUUCACCUAUGGGGAUAGCCGAAGAACCCUUUGGAACCCUUUUUUCUAAGAGUGUACAAAAAAUCCAGGAGUAUUCAGUGUUUACCUUGUCUUUUUCCCAAAAACUUUGAACUGAGAAUAGGAUAGAAUCACAAUCUCAAUUCCACACAUUCUGUUCUUCAUACUGACUUGUCAACCUCUAUUCCACUGAGGUUCAUUGAGCUGCCAGUUGGGAGGAACUAUUUCACUAACCCAUGUUAGCAUGGACUUCUUUGAAAGGUAGUGAAAACUCAAGUCUAUGCCUUCUCUUACAGUAUGUGGUCCUCCUGACCGCUAGCCCUUUGAAUAGCACAUAAGCCUCUCAAAAAAGCCCUUGAACUCUGCCUUUCUGCCUCUUAUAACUUCCAUCUCGCUCUCUCUCUGAGGGACUCCCUCGUUCUUUCGAGCUAUGAGCUCCAACAUCAACCCACACCCUCCAUUUUUCUCCAUCAAUCCACCUGUCUAUCCAUUCCAGCAGAGGUAUCGCCAACAUUCUGUUAAUGUAUAACUAACCUCAUCAAAGGAGCUAUGGAAAGCGACCGGGACCUCAUCUAGGCGGAGGUGACCCCAAAGCUCAGAGCUCUUUGUGCCUUGCGGUGGGCCCAUGACGCCCCAAGGCCUGGGCCUAUUCACAGCCUAUGGCAUUUACACAGGAUGUAAUUUGCCGGCGAGAGAUGCUCGGCGCUCAAAAGGCAGCUAUCAAAACCAGCCCCACCGCCUGAGUUUUGGGUGCUGUGUAGAGAAUAGGCGCCGGACAUGCAGAGAGAAAAUUGGUAUUCCCUAAUGGAAAGAGAAAGAUUCCCCUCUAGAGAGUGCGAAGCGGAGGGUCCCUCUCUCUUUGCCCUGUGAAUGAGCCAUGCCCGACCUGCCCCCUCUUUUCGGUGAAUGUGAGCCCUUUAUCUCAGGCAAUGCCGGCAGCCUCUCGAAUGUACCUCCUGAAUAUCACCUAUCCUCAUCUCCCCCCCCUCCCUUCCUCACUCUCUCCUCCCCCCUCUACCCUUCGCCUCCUCCCCCCUUCAUCCGAUACCUCGCGUACCACCCUGCGCCCUCCCCCCUCUCAUCCCGUCCUCUCUCUCCCCUCCCUCUCCGUGCGUCCGAGACCCGUCUCUGGCCAGUCUUCUCUCUCUCCUCGCUCUCCUCCCCCCGUGUCCCUCUCUCCUCCCGUCCUCGUCCUCUCGCUCCGUUCCUCUCUCUCUCUCCUCUCCUCUCUCUCCCUCCCCCUCUCUCCCUCCCUCUCUCUGCCCCCUCUCUCUCCCUCCCUACAUUUUUCCGUUAAUGCAGCUAGGCUUUGUGGCGGAGGCGUUUGACUCCCGUUUUUUCCAUUGCUGCCUGUCUGUCUGGUGGGGAUGAGCGAUGUAAAACAUAGAUCCCUAAUGUCUGCUGCAGGGCUAAUGGGCCAGGUGUAGCAGGCUGGGCCAGGGUACUGCAUUACUAUAUUAUACAGCCUGGCUUUAUAGGGUUUAACUAUGCCUUAUAAGCUUAAUACAGACAGGGCCAUAGGGUCACAGGGAGGGUGCAGUUGGUGAUUUUGGAGGGGCAUUGAGCAAAGAAUGAAAGAGAAAUGGACUAUGCAUACAGGUGAGUGGUAUGAAAAUGUAUGCACUCACUAACUGUAAGUCGCUAUGGAUAAGAGCGUCUGCUAAAUGAUGUAAAUGUAAAUGUAAAUGUAAUCACAUUACUGUUCACGAUGCACAAUGUGCUGAUUGCUUCUUUUUCCGUCUGCAGCCUUUUCCCUCGUCAUUAUGUUAAACACCAUCAGCCUAAUGCCCCAACCCGCCCCUAACUCCUUUUUCUUCUAUUUUCUUCUCUCACAGGAAGUGAUGUCAGUGGGGGAGGAGAGCACUUCCUGCUACUGUCUGCUGGAGGCUCAGUGCUGCCACCUGCUGUUGGAAAGUCCAGGGCGCUACGCCCUGGUGGGGGAGCCACUGAGCCAGGAGGCUGUGAAGAGAUUGAGGUUGGCCGUGUUCGGUAGUGCAGACAACACCAACCCUCUGGGAUACAGCCUGAGGGUGUAUUGUGUCGACAACACCCCCUACGCAUUCCAGGUAUGGGGGGGGGGGGGUCGGACGGGCUGGGUGAGUGGGUGGAUGGAUGGGUUGUGUGGGUGGGUGGGUGAGUGGAUGGAUGGAUGGAUUGACGGAAGGAUGGAAGGAUGGAUGGUUGGCUGGCUGUUUGACUGACUGACUGACUGACUGACUGACUGACUGGAUGGUUGGCUGGCUGGCUAACUGUAUGACUGACUGGCUGACGGAUGGACGGAUAGACUGCCUAUCACACCAGUUUAGGCUGUGGAGUGAUAGGCAGUAGAGGGCUUUCUGAGAACAUGAGAUGUUAUUGCAGUAACCCUCGUCUAAGAGCUAGCCUGCAGUGGUAGAUUUCAACUGACAGAAUAACUUUAAGAAAGUACUAUGUGAAGGUUAUACACAGGACAGCUUGCUUGAAGGAGAGUGUGUGUGUGUGUUUGCGUUUGUUUCUAUGUGAGUGUAUUGGUGUGCAUGUGUAUCCGUGUAUACAUGCUCGGGACCCACAUGUGUGUGACCUCCUUCUACCCCCUGCAGGUGUGUGUGAGUGUUUCUGAGACAAUGUGUCCAAUUGCGUGAGUGUGUCGCUGCUGGUGGUUUUGCCCAGAAGAGGUUUCUCUGUCUGAUUUUCGCGCUCCACCAGAUAUCAGCCAGUCCAGUCACACAGCCAGAGAGAGAGAGAGAGAGAGAGAUGUUACUGGAUGAUUAGGAGACGAGGAGGGACUUUUAAUUACAAAGACAAGAGACAACAAUGCAAAAUGUCCUCCCCUGCCUUCUUUCUGGGGCUUAAUUGAAUAAUUGCAGUGUGUUAAUUAAAGGUGUUCUAGCAGGGAACGCACACAUUGCAGUCGGAGGGCGGGAGAGAGAGAGAGAGAGAGAGAGAGAGAGAGAGAGAGAGAGAGAGAGAGAUAGAGAGAGAGAGAGAGAGAGAGAGAGAGAGAGAGAGAGAGAGAGAGAGAGAGAGAGAGAGAGAGAGAGAGGUCAGGGAGAGUUGAAGAAGCUCUCAUUCGAUUAUAUACACUCAGUGGGCAGUUUAUUAUGUGCACCACCCCAUUCACGAAAAGACAGUGAGUCACGUGGCCGUGGCUUGCUAUAUAAUUCAGGCAGACAGGCAUUGAGGCAUUCAGUUACUGUUUGAUUGAACGUUAAAAUGGGCAAAACGAGUGACCUUGGCGACUUUGAGCGUGGUAUGAUCGUCGGUGCCAGGCGCACCUGUUCCAUCAGAAAUGGCCGGCCUCCUGGACUUUUCACGCACGACAGUAUCUAGGGUUUACCGAGAAUGGUGCGACAAACACAAAACAUCCAGUCAGCGUCAGUCCUGGGGGCUCUCAUUGAUGAGAGGUCAAAGGAGAAUGGUAAGAAUCGUGCUAGCUAACAGGCGGACCACUAACAGACAAAUAACGGCGCAGUACAACAGUGGUGUGCAGAACGGCAUCUCGGAACGCACAACUCGUCGGUCCUUGUCACGGAUGGGCUAUUGCAGCAGACGACCACACCGUGUUCCACUCCUAUCAGCUAAAAACAAGAAGAAGCGGCUCCAUUGGGCAGGCAAUCACCAACAAUGGACAAUUGAGGAGUGGAAAAACAUUGCCCACCUGGUCCGAGGAAUCCCGGUUCCUGUUGCGCCAUGCUGAUGGCCGAGUCAGGAUUUGGCAUUAGCAGCAUGAGUCCAUGGCCCCAUCCUGCCUGGUUUCAAAGGAACAGGCUGGUGGAGAUGGUGUAAUGGUGUGUGGAAUAUAUUCCUGGCACACAUUAGGUCUAUUGAUACCAAUUGAGCAACGUUUGCGUGCCCAAAGAAUUCAGGCUGUUCUGGAGGCAUAUGGGGGUCCGACCCGGUACUAGAUGGGUUCUCUCUUUAGUUCUGAGAAGAGGUGAUGUAUGAAUGGUAUACAGUGAAGAGUAGCUAUGGCCUUUUCACACAAACUAAUUUCUAUCGUACUCACAUUCUCUCUCAUAAUGAUACCCUUUAUCCUCUUUUUGCCUCGUUCACAAAAAUGGCACACACACACACUCUGAGGUAUGCACCUGUGAGCAGUGCAGUCACACACACACACACAUACACACACACCUACACACACCUCUGACAGCAGCCAGUUGCUUUGAGGCUGUGUGUUAUGCUCCAGAGAGGUUGUGAUGUGACAGAGCUUGGCUCACUAGAGCAGCUUGGGUUCUAUCCGCAUCAGUCAGAGGGGAGCCAUGCAUGGUGAAUAGAGAGAGAUUGCAUUCGGGAACCCACCAGCCAAUUCUCUACGUCUCUCUCCGUCACUCUGCCCUGUUUAUUUGUUCAUUUGUCCAGUUUUGGUGGUUUUUGUUUGAGCUUCAUACGACAAAUGAUUUCCCUUCUGAUGCCGAGCCAGGAAUCGAUCAGGGGCGAUUUUGUGAUGGAGACGGCAGACAGACAAACACGCAGACACACACACAUGUAUGCACACAUACACACACACAUACCCACACACAUGUACACACACACACACAGACAAACACACAUACAUGCGUACGCACAGACACACACAAAGACACACACACACUAGUGUCACACACACACUCACACACUAAUGCUCCCGGUCUCCAUAGAGAAGCGCAACAAUACCCACAGAUGAGAACCCAGAAAGCGCGAAAUCACCUAAGUCCUUUCAUCAAUAGCAAACACCAUUCGGGAAGAUCAGGCUUGAUUUCUGUCUCUGUGUGUGUCUGAAACAACAUUUGAGGGUUAUUGUGCUCUCUGAUCUUAUUCAUUGGACGUUUUGAUGCCAGGAUUGCUUCAUUUAUUCUUUAUUUGUUUGUUUGUGUGUUUGGGGGGUUUUAUUCUAUGCGUGAAAUUAUUAUGGAAUGAUUUCUAGUUGUUGAGAAAUGCCUUUUAAGCAAUUCUUCCACUUGCUUUCUCUUGAAGAGGAGGCUAACUGAAUGCCUAAUCUGCCCAUGAGCUGUUUAAUUCAACUGUUUAGAGCUGUUCAGAUCUUCAGGGGGGAGUUAGUUGUUCAGAGUACUGUUUCUUAAUUCAGUCCAGAUAGAGUAGAGGGGUUGUAUUAAUGACUGAGUAAUAUUGGUUUUCUAUGUUGUGUAAUCUAAACUGUACUGAAACGCUGUAAACACACACAAAAAAACGUCAUUCUCAACCCUUUUAUCUCACCUUUCUCUCCUCCACUCAUCUCCCUUCUCUCUCCCACUCUCUCUCUCGCCCUCUCUCUCCCUCCUCCUACCUCCUUCCCCGAUGUCCCUCUUCCCCCCAACACCUACGCCUCUCUCUCCCUCCGUCUCUCUCCCUCCUCCCUCCUCCCUCCUUCCCUCCCCCUCUCCUCCUCCUCCUCCUCCUCCUCCUCCUCCUUCACCCCUGUUCUCCCCUCUCCCCCUAUCAGGAAGUGGAGUCGGCAGAGCGGCUGAGGGGCGGUCGUCUCCUGGAGGAGCCCAAGACGCUGCUGUUCAGGGGGAACUCCUUCAGCCUGCAGCUCUCCAUCCAGGACAUCCCCCAGUUCCUCUGGAGCAUCAAGCCUUUCACCACCUGCCAGGUAGGGGAGGGCAGAGUGUGUGUGUGUGGAGGGGAAUUGUGUGUGUGUUGAGAGUGAGUGUAGGGGUAUGUGGGUGUGGGGGGGGGGGGGGGGGGUUGCAGGUGCGUGUGUGCGUGCAUAAAAACACCAUAAUUUGAGAAACCUCCCUUCCAUCAGAGUAUCAACAUCCCUUCAUCAGUCUUCUCCUCCAUCAACCAUCCCUUCAUCAGAGUCCUCUCCUCCAUCAACCAUCCCUUCAUCAGAGUCCUCUCCUCCAUCAACCAUCCCUUCAUCAGAGUCCUCUCCUCCAUCAACCAUCCCUUCAUCAGAGUCCUCUCCUCCAUCAACCAUCCCUUCAUCAGAGUCCUCUCCUCCAUCAACCAUCCCUUCAUCAGAGUCCUCUCCUCCAUCAACCAUCCCUUCAUCAGAGUCCUCUCCUCCAUCAACCAUCCCUUCAUCAGAGUCCUCUCCUCCAUCAACCAUCCCUUCAUCAGAGUCCUCUCCUCCAUCAACCAUCCCUUCAUCAGCGUCCUCUCCUCCAUCAACCAUCCCUUCAUCAGUCUUCUCCUCCAUCAACCAUCCCUUCAUCAGAGUCCUCUCCUCCAUCAACCAUCCCUUCAUCAGCGUCCUCUCCUCCAUCAACCAUCCCUUCAUCAGUCUUCUCCUCCAUCAACCAUCCCUUCAUCAGAGUCCUCUCCUCCAUCAACCAUCCCUUCAUCAGAGUCCUUUCUUACAUCAACAAUCCCUUCUUCUUACUCUGUGGUCACAGCAAAGAGCAGGGACUGUGGCAAGGGCACAUCAGCAGGGGACAAUAACUAUCUCUUCCACACACACACAAAACAAAAUUAAUUAUGACUUCCAGGCACACACACACACACAGACACACAUUUCCUUAUCUUCCCAGGGGUGUGCGUGGUGCAUGUUCUGUGCUUUUCUGUGAUGUUACGCCCUUCAGUGACAUCCCAUUAGAAUAAUUAGCCAGAAUAUUAACCAGCUCUCCUAGAGCAGAGAGAGAUGAAAGAGAGAGAGAGAGAGAGAGAGAGAGAGAGAGAGAGAGAGAGAGAGGGUGGAGGGAAAGAGAGGGAGGGAAGGAGGGAGGGAGGGAGGAAGGGAGGGAAGUAAGAGAGAGAGGAGAGAGAGAGAGAAAUACCUGAGGCAAAGGUCAGGGAGAGUAGAAGAAGCUCAGUGAACAGUUUAUUAGGUACAGUGGCUUGCGAAAGUAUUCACCCCCCUUGGCAUUUUUCCUAUUUUGUUGCCUUCCCUGCCGAUGGUGUUUUCGGGUGAUGAGAGGUGUUGGGUUUGCGCCAGACAUAGCGUUUUCCUUGAUGGCCAAAAAGCUCAAUUUUAGUCUCAUCUGACCAGAGAACCUUAUUCCAUAUGUUUGGGGAGUCUCCCACAUGCCUUUUGGCGAACACCAAACGUGUUAGCUUAUUUUUUUCUAUAAGCAAUGGCUUUAUUCUGGCCACUCUUCCGUAAAGCCCAGCUCUGUGGAGCUCCUUCAGGGUUUUGUGUAUGUCCAUUCCAUGUAAUGCAACAAAAUAGGAAAAACGCCAAGGGGGAUGAAUACUUUUGCAAGGCACUGUACACCACCCCAUUCACGAAAAUGUUCAUCCUACCAUACUACCAGUCGCAUGGCCGUGGCUUGCUAUAUAAAGCAUUCAGUUACUAUUCGAUUGAAUGUUAAAAUGGGCAAAACAAGUGACCUAAGCGACUUUGAGCAUGGGAUGAUCAUCGGUGCCAGGCGUACCUAUUCCAUCUCAGAAACGGACGGCCUCCUGGAUUUUUCACACACGACAGUGUCUAGGUUCUACCGAGAAUGGUGCGACAAACAAAAAAACAUCCAGUCAGCGGAAGUCCUGUGGGCGAAAACAGCUCAUUGAUGAGAGGUCAAAGGAGAAUGGUAUGAAUCGUACAAGCUAACGGACGGGCCACACACAGGGCAAAUAACGGCUCAGUACAACAGUGGUGUGCAGAACAGCAUCUCGGAAUGCACAACUUGUCGAUCCUUGUCACAGAUGGGCUAUUGCAGCAGACAGCCACACCGGGUUCCACUCCUAUCAGCUAAAAACAAGAAGAAGCGGCUCCAGUGGGUACACGAUCACAAAUAAUGGACAAUUGAGGAGUGGAAAAACAUUGCCAACCUGGUCCGACGAAUCCCGGUUCCUGUUGCGUCAUGCUGAUGGCUGAGUCAGGAUAUGGCAUUAGCAGCCAUGGCCCCAUCCUGCUAGGUGUCAACUGUACAGGCUGGUGGAGGUGGUGUAAUGGUGUGUGGAAUGUUUUCCUGGCACACAUUAGGUCCCUUGAUACCAAUUGAACAACAUUUCUAUGCCCAAAGAAUUCAGGCUGUUCUGGAGGCAAAUGGGGGGUCCAACCCAGUACUAGAUAAUAACUGGCCACUGAGUGUAUAUCUAAGAUCUAAUACAUUACUAGUUUUAUUCUAGAGCUGUACUCCAAGUCUGCAUCCCAUAUAGCAUGCAGUCUAUUCCCUUCAUAGUGGACUACUUUUGACCAGAGCCUUGUGGGUCCUGGUCAAAAGUAGUGUACUAUGAAGGGAAUAUGGUGCCAUUUAGAAUGCAGCCUAAAUAUGUACUCAAUAGGAAGCUCUCAGUCAUUAUCUAUCAUAAUGUUAUUUGAAGGAUCCCAAAAGAGUCUGAUUCGUAGUUGUGUUUGUUUAACAUUAAAACUAUGACCACACAGUAUAUAGGAACGGAGUUGACUUUUAAAGACAGAAUGUUGACUAAGCAAGUCAUUUCAGACUGGCCAUCUCCAAUUCCGUUUGCUUAUGGGUACACAACCCAAUCCCCAAGAGGCUGCUGAUUGUAUUCCCUUCAUUGAUUAGCAGAGGUCGUUGAGUGGCUAAAGAAACCAUUGACCUGGUCUGGUCUGAACUAAUAAUUAAAAGGUGAAAUAGAGGAAAGGGGGCAAUGCAAUUAGCUGGCAUUCAGGCAUUGUAUUUAGUAAAUAUUGUCAUUCAGGGUCUGUAUUCAAAAUGUGCCUCCGAGUAGAUGUGCUGAUGUGGGAUCAGGUCCCCCCUGUUCAUGUAAUCUUAUUCAUUAUGAUCUAAAAGGCAACAUGGAUUCUAUAUCAGCACUCCUACUCUGAGACUCUUUGUGAAUACUGGCACAGAGCUAGAUUAGGUCUAUAGUUUAUUUAAUGUAUUGAUCUCUCUCUCUCCCCUUCUCUCUCUCUCCCUCUGUCUCUCUCCCCCUCUAGGAGUUCUCGUUCUCUCAGGUGUGGGCUAGUAACCAGCGGCCCCUGCAGUGUGCCUUCUCAUUGGAGCGCUACAGCCCCGCCUCCUCCCAGCUGUCCUGUAAGAUCAGUGUGCGUCAGGUCAAGGGUCAGGAGCAGAUCCUCCAGGUCUACACCUCUGUGGUCGAAGUAAGGGGAGGAGUGUGUGAGGGAGGAAGAGUGUGUGUGUGGGUGGAAUUGUGUGUAUAUAUGGCAGGAAGUGUGUUUGUCGGGGGGGGGGGGGGUUGUUUGUGUGUGUGUGUGUGUGUGCAAGUGCGUCCAUGUGCGUUGUCCGUCUGCAUAAUUGUGUGCGUGUGCGUGCAUGUGUGUGUACAUAUGCUCGAGUGUGUGUGUGUGUGUGUGUGAAUCCAAUAUGGAGGUGAUGCUGUGAUACUAAUAGGCUCUCUCAUUAGAGUGAAUCUCUCCUGAUUUGACUGAAGGGCUUUUCUUAAUGAAGCUCGCAGGGGCCUCUUGACAUCUAGAUUUCAUCGAUUUAACUCUUUGAAGCCAUAUAAUCCUCUGUUAUCUGUAGAAAAUAAAUGACCACUCUGACACCUCUUGUUUUUAUCCUGCAAUGGUUUCUUCCUCCAGUGUGAAAAGGAGGUAGUCCCCUUCUUCACUCAGUCGAACUGUACCACCACGUCGCAGACGGGGUCCAGGGCCUUCAAGAUCCCCCUGUCCAUCCGCCAGAGGAUUUGUGCCACCUUCGACACAGCCAACGCCAAGGGCAAGGACUGGCAGCUGCUUGCACAGAAACUCCACAUAGACAGGUGAGAUACCAUACGCACUUGCACGCACACACACACACACACACUCACACAUACUCCCUGCUGUACUAUACACCCAGAAACCCUGAUUCCCCAUCCUUGAUUGGUAGUCCAACUGUUAUAUUGGCCCCUUCAAUGUUCAUCAUGUUUGACUAGCAGCCACUAUUUUAGUCCAUUUAAUUUAGGGAGUCUAAUAAGUUGUAUUGAGCUGGAUUAAUAAUGAUACUGCAAGGUCCAGCAAUGUGUCUAAAUUCUAUUUUGUUGCUCUAUUGGCUUGGUCAAUGUGAUUGCAAAUGACUCAUUUUGAAAUGACAAAAUUAGAGAAAGGAUCAACCUUGAUUGCAUCAACUCUGUCCACCAAUUCUCCACAUGGAUGUGCCCAGUCAUUUGCAUACUGGUUGGCUUUUUAUCUGGGCCUUCACCACUGUGCCAGUCCUUAUCUGCUAUCACCAAGCAGCCCUACCAGAGACCAGGUCACAGACACACUCUGCUGAUCUCAUUAUAGAUCUGUACACACACACAUACACACAGUCUUGUAUAACUAACCUUGUGGGGACACACAAUUCAGUCACAUUCAAAAUCCUAUUUUCCCUAACCCCCAACCCUAAACCUAAUUCUAACCCUAACACUAAUUCUAACCAUAACCCUAAACUCCAUAGAAAUAGCAUUUGACCUUGUGGGGUCUAAUAAAAUAUCCCCAGUUGGUCAAAUUUGUGUUUGUUUACUAUUCUUGUGGGGACUUCUGGUCCCCACAAGUAUAGUUAAACACGUCCACACACUGAGACAAACACACACACACACACACACACACACAUAUACACACACACAAACGUACUGAGACACACUCAAACACACAAUGGUUGGAGGAGAUUGUGUAUUUGGGUAAACUGCAGGAAGGUCUCAGCCUGGAGCUGUAAGGGGAGAGAGCGAGUGCAUAUUAAAACACUGUCCUCAUUAACGACAUCUCCACAUGCGUCCAUCCCUCCUUCUUUCCUUCCCUCCAUCCCUCCCCUGUAGAAGUCUUUCUGGUAUAGGUGCCAGAGGGUUAUUUGUUAAGGAUGUUGGAGAUUUUAGCAGUUCCAUAAUGGGUGAUCUCUAUUCCCUCAGCAGAAGAAGAAACAGUCAAUAAGAAGUGUGGAACAGUCUUUGAGGAGUGUGGAAAAGGGGAACAAAGUUUACUGAAUAAAAGGGUGACAUAAGCCAAGUGACCAGGAAUUUCCAUGUGCAUCAAAUCAUUUUCCAGCAAACUGUGUCGGAAAACAAACAUGGGGCAUUUCGGAAUGGGAGAAGAUUUCGGGUGCAUUUUCGACCCAGUGGAAGCCACCAGCAGCAUGUAAUGAGAAUGUCUGUACCUUGUUAAGCGGAUUUUUGCAAUUAUUUAUCUUGGUAUGUGGGAACAUCAUCACCAUGCCUGAGACAAGAAUGGAGGGAGAGCUCCACUGUAAUGAAACAGUGCCUUCUGGUGGAUGUGAGUUGUAACAACAGCUGAGGUGGUGCUAUAGCAAUGAGGGAGUAGGAAGUUGAAGCUGAAUUUGAUAUUCAGGAUUUUGACUUUGAUAUUCAGCAUAAUGAUCUCAGUGAUAUGCAUCUCUUUCUUUCCCUCUUCCUUUUCAUCAUCCCCUUAUUUGUCCAGUGUCUCCCAAACCUCUUCCUGAGUAAUCCCAGCCAGUUCCUUUAAUUGGAUCUAUUCCAGAACAAGCAUACAUUUACAUUUUAGUCAUUUAGCAGACGCUCUUAUCCAGAGCGACUUACAGUUAGUGAGUGCAUACAUUUUUCAUACUGGCCCCCCGUGGGAAAUGAACCCACAACCCUGGCGUUGCAAGCGCCAUGCUCUACCAACUGAGCUACAGGGGACCUGUAUCAUCUGGUUAACUACUCAUCAAGCUGUAUUCUAUAUUAACACGCUUUAUCUCUCUCUCUCUCUCUCCCUCUCUUUCUCUCUCACCCUCUCUCUCGCUCUCUCUCUCUCUCCCUUCUCCCUCCCCACUCCCUACCUCCAGGAACCUGUGUUACUUUGCAGGUCAGGAGAGCCCAUCGGCGGUGAUCCUCAGCCUGUGGGAGGCCCAGCACCAGGACACAGGGGACCUGGACUCUCUGGCCAGCGCCCUGGAGGAGAUCAGCAAGGUCCACUCCUCCACCCACUCCACCUCCAGUAGGACAACCACGCUGACCACCACAGGGACAACCACAAGGACCACUGCUACCCUGGGCCGCAGCACUGAGGAGCUGGACACUGAGUUCACC